CCCUCCCUCCCGGCUUCUCCCGUCCCCCUCGCGGGAGCCUCCUCCGCGGCGGCGCCGGGACGUGCCGCGCCCCGACACCCAGCGGUGCCAAGAUGACAACCUGACAGGAUCGGGGCCGGCGCCGACUAUGCAGCGCGGGCACUGAUGGGAAGGGCUGCACCAUGAGUGUGAAUGAUGUUGGCGGCAGACGACGCUGUGAGGACAGCGACUUCACGCUGCACAUCUACCCUGGCAGCAUCGCCGAGGGCACCAUCUACUGCCCCAUCGCCGCCAGGAAGACCUCCACGGCCGCCGAGGUGAUCGAGUCGCUGAUCGCCAAGCUGCAGCUGGAGAAGAGCAAGUGCUACGUGCUGGCCGAGGUGAAGGAGUUCGGCGGGGAGGAAUGGAUCCUCAACCCCACCGACUGCCCGGUGCAGCGCAUGAUGCUGUGGCCGCGCCUGGCGCUGGAGAACCGCGGCAGCGGCGGCGAGGAUUACCGCUUCCUGCUGCGGGAGAAGAACCUGGACGGCUCCAUUCACUACGGCAGCCUGCAGUCCUGGCUGCGGGUGACGGAGGAGCGGCGCCGCAUGGUGGAGCGUGGCCUCCUGCCCCAGCCGCCGCACAAGGACUACGACGACCUCUGCAGCCUGCCUGACCUCAGCGAGAAGACGCUGCUGGAGAACCUCCGCAACCGCUUCAAGCAGGAGAAGAUCUACACCUACGUGGGCAGCAUCCUCAUCGUCAUCAACCCCUUCAAGUUCCUGCCCAUCUAUAACCCCAAGUACGUCAAGAUGUACGACAACCACCAGCUGGGGAAGCUGGAGCCACACAUCUACGCCGUGGCGGACGUGGCCUACCACGCCAUGCUGCAGCGCCGCAGGAACCAGUGCAUCGUCAUCUCUGGAGAGAGCGGCUCGGGCAAGACCCAGAGCACCAACUUCCUGAUCCAUCACCUCACCGCCCUCAGCCAGAAGGGGUUUGCCAGCGGAGUGGAACAGAUCAUCCUUGGGGCUGGACCAGUGCUGGAGGCCUUUGGCAAUGCCAAGACAGCUCACAACAACAACUCCAGUCGCUUUGGCAAGUUCAUCCAAGUCAACUACCAGGAGACUGGCACUGUGCGAGGAGCUUAUGUUGAGAAAUACCUCCUGGAGAAGUCCAGACUGGUCUACCAAGAGCACAAUGAGAGGAACUACCAUGUGUUCUACUACCUGCUGGCAGGAGCCAGCGAGGAGGAGCGCUCAGCCUUCCACCUGCAGCAGCCGGAGGAGUAUCACUACCUCAACCAGGACUGCUUCUCCGUGGAAGGGGAGGACCUGAAGCACGACUUUGAGCGGUUGCAGCUGGCCAUGGAGAUGGUUGGGUUCCUGCCCAAGACCCGCAGGCAGAUCUUCUCCCUGCUCUCGGCGAUUCUGCACCUGGGCAACAUCCGCUACAAGAAGAAGACUUACAGGGACGACUCCAUCGACGUCUGCAACCCCGAGGUGCUGCCCAUCGUGUCAGAGCUGCUGCAGGUGAAGGAGGAGAUGCUCUUCGAGGCCCUGGUGACCAGGAAGACUGUGACAGUGGGAGAGAAGCUGAUCUUGCCAUACAAACUAGCAGAGGCUGUCACCGUGCGCAACUCCAUGGCCAAGUCCCUGUACAGUGCCCUCUUCGACUGGAUAGUCUUCAGGAUCAACCAUGCCCUCCUCAACUCGAAGGACAUGGAGGAAAGCACCAAGACUUUGUCCAUUGGAGUUCUGGACAUUUUUGGGUUUGAAGACUACGAGAACAACAGCUUCGAGCAGUUCUGCAUCAACUUCGCCAACGAGCGCCUGCAGCACUACUUCAACCAGCACAUCUUCAAACUCGAGCAGGAGGAGUACAGAGCAGAAGGGAUUAGCUGGCACAACAUCGACUACAUCGACAACUCCAGCUGCAUCAACCUCAUCAGCAAGAAGCCCACUGGCCUGCUCCAUCUGCUGGACGAGGAGAGCAACUUUCCCCAGGCCACCAACCAAACACUGCUGGACAAGUUCAAGCGGCAGCACGAGGGCAACUCCUACAUCGACUUCCCGGCGGUGAUGGAGCCUGCCUUCAUCAUCAGGCACUACGCAGGCAAAGUCAAGUAUGGGGUCAAGGAUUUCCGGGAGAAGAACACGGACCACAUGCGGCCGGACAUGGUGGCUCUGCUGCGCGGCAGCCGCAGCGCCUUCGUCUGCGGCAUGAUCGGCAUCGACCCCGUGGCCGUCUUCCGCUGGGCUGUCCUCAGGGCCUUCUUCAGGGCAGGGGUGGCCUUCAGGGAGGCUGGGAAGAGAUACCUGGAGAAGAAAAGCGGGCACGAGGACGCGGCGCCGUGUGCGGUGUUGAAGAGCGUGGAUAGUUUUAGCUUCCUCCAUCACCCAGUUCACCAGAGGAGCUUAGAGAUUCUGCAGAGAUGCAAGGAGGAGAAGUACAGUAUUGCUCGCAAGAGCCCUCGGACGCCGCUCUCGGACCUGCAGGGAGCCAACACCAUCAACGAGAGGAGCCAGCGCGAUGCCUACGGGGUAGGCUGGAGCGGCCGGACGGGGCUGCGGCACGGCAGGCUGGGCGGCCCCGGCGCCCUGCUGGACAAGGACGGCAUCUUCGUCAACGCCACCACCAGCAAGCUGCUGGAGAGAGCCCACGGCAUCCUCAUGCGAAAUAAGAACUUCAAAGCCAAACCCAAUCUCCCAAAGCACAUGCUGGAUGUGAAGUCCCUCAAGCACCUCACCAGCCUGACGCUGCACGACCGCAUCACCAAGUCCCUGCUGCACCUCCACAAGAAGAAGAAGCCACCCAGCAUCAGUGCCCAGUUCCAGGCAUCACUGAACAAGCUGAUGGAGACCCUUGGCCAAGCAGAGCCUUACUUUGUCAAAUGCAUUCGAUCCAAUGCUGAGAAGCUGCCCCUGCGCUUCAACGACAGCCUGGUGCUGCGGCAGCUGCGCUACACGGGGAUGCUGGAGACCGUCCGCAUUCGCCAGUCGGGAUACAGCUGCAAAUACUCCUUCCAGGACUUCGUGAACCGUUUCCAUGUCCUGGUGCCCCAAGGGAUCACUGCCUCCAGACACAAUAUCCAGGACUUCUUCUGGAGGAUAAAGCUUGAUCCAGACAACUACCAAGUAGGAAGAACAAUGGUGUUCAUGAAGGAGGCGGGGAGGCAGCUGCUGCAGGACCUGCUGCACCAGGAGGUGCUGCGCCGCAUCACGCUGCUGCAGCGCUGGUUCCGCAGCCUGCUCUGCAGGAGGCAGUUCCUGAGCCUGAGGCAAGCCACGGUCACCAUACAGAGGUUUUGGCGUAGCUACCAGAGCCGAAAGCAAGGGGAACCGCCCCUGGACCCCCUCAUCCUGGGCAAAGCUGCCGUGGUGCUGCAGAGCCACUGGCGUGGCUUCGUGGAGCGGAGAAGGUUCCUGCAGCUGCAGCUGGCCGCGCACCUCAUCCAGAGCUGCUGGCGGGACUACAGCAAGCGCCGGCACACGGCGGCCACCAGCAUCCAGGCGGCCUGGCGAGGGCACCGCGCCAAGCUCGGCUACGCUGCCAGCAGGGCCAAACUCGUCGGCCUGCAGGCAGCCUGCAGGGGGUACCUGGCACGACAGAGGUACAGAGCUUUGAAAGAGCAGCGAUUAAAAGAGGCGCAGCUGGAGAACGGCCUCUCAGCUAGGGAAGAGGAUGGACUGGAGGUAGAUGCUGCUUUGGAAGUCAAGGGCUCCGACCCGUCCCAGUGGGAGGACAGCUCGUUUGAGGAGCGAGUGCGAGCCGUGGAGCAGCGUAAGUCACUGAUGGAGAACAAUCGGCUGAACCACCUGGACCCGCUGGAUGCCUCUGCACAUUUAGCCUACAAAAGGCAGGAGGCAGCCAGCAGCCGGAGUGGGGCGGACGCCGAGGAGGAGGUCCUUGUGAGAGAGAGACCCAAGUCGCUGGAGGACCUCAACCAGAAGAGAGUGGUUCGUGCCAAACGAGAGAGCCGCAGGAUGCGCGAGCUGGAGCAGGCCCAGUUCAGCCUGGAGCUGCUGAAGGUGCGCUCCACGGGGGGGCUGUCGCCCUCGGAGGAGCGGCGCUGGUCCGGAGAGCUGGUGCCCGAGGCGCUGCAGUCCCCUCAGGGAACCCCGGAGAGCCAAAGCUCGCAAGGGAGCUUCGAGAUGCUAAGCUGUGAAGAUAGCCCAAGUCACAACGUCGCUUCCUUGCUUUCGGAGGAGCAAGAGGCGCAGUCCUUGCCCGCUGAGCCUUUACCCAGCAGCCCCCAGGCCCAUCUGCAGGAGAAGUCUUUCUGUGCAGCAGAUGCCAACAGCAGCUUACCAGCCUGCAGGAGGAUGCCUUCAGACUUGGAGGUGCCUGAUGUCCUCGCUGUGAGGGUUGGUGACCCUCAGAACACUGCCUACAAGGCACAUCCCAAAGAAGCCUUCCUCUCCAGCAGCUUGCCUACCUUCUACAUCCCACCACAGGACAAGGUGAAGCUGAUGGAGGAUAGCUGGAGGAAGAAAGCAGCAGAAAGAGAGGAGAGGACAGUUCUGUUUUCUGAGGUCAGGACGGACUCCGAGCCAGACCAGGGCAGAGCCUUGGGGCAGGAGAAGGAGAAGUCCUCCACUGAAAGAGAGGGACGGGGGCCAGCAGCUGCAGCACAGGCCCAUUCUCCAGACUCAGUCAUCAAGAGGCUGGAGAAACUCAACGUGGAGAAGGAGGAGAGGCAAAAGCAGCUUCAGCUGCAGAACGAGAGGGAGAUGAUGGAGCAGAUCCGUCAGCAGAAGGAAAUCCUGGAGAGGCAACGAAAAGCCUUUGAGCAGCAGGGGAAGGUGGAGGCUCUGCAGAGGGCUGAGCAGAGCAGGCUGAAGGAGCUCCCCCACAAAGCAACCAAGAAACCAGACAGCAGGCCUCAGUCGGUCCUCAUCCUGCACCCCCAGAGCAGAGGGGAGCACAGCCCCGCCACAGGGCUGCCUCCAACCUCGUCAGUGGACAUCAAGGGUCUCACUGUUGGGAGCAGGGGUGUCUCACCAGCCCACACUGCCCCCCGAGACAGGCCUGUCAGCAUGUUCAUGGAGCGAAGAGAAGCUCCGGCGGGGUCGGCGCAGGACCCUCGGAACCAUUCCAGGCCAGCUCUGGACCCCAAGGACCUCCCAGGCAGCCACUUCUCGAAGGUGGAGAGGCUCCGGCAGCCGCGAGUGCCCACCCAGGCCCCCGAGGAGACGAGGGCAGGAGUCAUGUUCUUCACACCAAAGGACAACCCCUUCGGCCUCCACAGAGGAGCAAAUCACCAGUGCCUGCCCAAGGGGGAGCAAGCUAGGAAACCAUUCAAGAUGCCAGGGUCUGGCAGAGGAGAGGUGCCCAGACCGAGCCAUAAAAAGAAAGCCCGCAUGGCGCGGACGCGCUCCGAUUUCUUGACUAGAGGUACUUGUGCUGAUGGGGAGGGGGACACGGAGGAAGAGGAUUACCAUGACAAUUUUGAGUUCCUUCUCUCCUCUGACCAACCUCCUCAGCCCGAGGCGCUGCCUGCAGCUCGCCUGGGCCAGGCCUGUUACAGUGACUCUGAAAUGACGGCGCAGCGCUUCGCCGCCGGGGAGGGCCACAGCAAGCUGCACAAAGCCAUGUCCCAGGGCGAGCUCGGGAAGCCUGUGGCCACGCAGAAGAGCCUGACUGCAGAUGGGAGGCCUCAGCGAGCCAAGAUGAGGUUCUGGGUGAAGGGCAAGCAAGGAGAGAAGAAGACCUCCCGGGAGAAGCUGGCCACCCAAUCUGAGCUGCUGGAGCUGUAUGCUGAGCAAGAGGCCCCUGGCAGGGAGGUGAUUUCUGGCUUGCAGCUUGGCGAAGAGCUGGGUCCUCACCACCUGACCCCCCCCAGGAGCCCUGAGCUGUCAGGGCUGUACCGGAGGGAGUUCAAGGAGAACAAGGAGCCCUCCCCCAAGGUCAAGCGCAAGCGCAGCGUCAAGAUCAGCAACGUGGCUCUGGAGCCUGUGCAGUGGCAGAACGACUCCCUGCAGAUCAUCACCAGUGCCAGCGACCUCAAAAGCAUGGAUGAGUUCCUCCUGAAGAAGAUGAACGAGCUGGAGAACGAGGACAGCAGGAAGGAGACGCUGGUGGAUGUGCUCUUCAAGAAGGCACUGAAGGAAUUCCGGCAGAACAUCUUCAGCUUUUACUCCUCAGCCCUGGCGAUGGACGAUGGGAAGAGCAUUCGCUACAAGGACCUCUACGCCUUGUUCGAGCAGAUCCUGGAGAAGACCAUGAGGCUGGAGCAGAGGGACUGGAGUGAGUCUCCAGUUAAAGUCUGGGUCAACACCUUCAAAGUCUUCCUGGAUGAAUAUAUGCUGGAGUACAAACCCCUGGACUACACUGCGCUGAAGGUGCCAAAAACGGAACGAAAGAAGAGAAGGAAAAAGGAAGCUGAUGUGGUGGAAGAGCACAACGGUCACAUCUUUAAGGCCACCCAGUACAGCAUCCCCACCUACUGUGAAUAUUGCUCCUCCUUGAUCUGGAUAAUGGACAGAGCUUCUGUUUGUAAAUUAUGUAAAUAUGCUUGUCACAAGAAGUGCUGUCUUAAAACCACGACCAAGUGCUCCAAAAAGUAUGACCCCGAGCUGUCGCCGCGGCAGUUCGGCGUGGAGCUGUCGCGGCUGACCAGCGAGGAGCGAGCGGUGCCGCUGCUGGUGGAGAAGCUCAUCAACUACAUCGAGAUGCACGGGCUGUACACCGAGGGCAUCUACAGGAAGUCAGGCUCCACCAACAAGAUCAAGGAGCUGCGGCAGGGACUCGACACAGACAUUGACAACGUGAAUCUGGAUGACUACAACAUCCACGUCAUCGCCAGCGUCUUCAAGCAGUGGCUCCGGGACCUGCCCAACCCUCUCAUGACCUUCGAGCUCUACGAGGAGUUCCUGCGCGCCAUGGGCCUGCAGGAGAGGAAGGAGACAGUGAGGGGAGUGUAUUCGGUCAUCGAUCAGCUCUCCCGCACCCAUCUCAGCACCCUGGAACGUCUCAUCUUCCACCUGGUGAGGAUUGCCCUGCAAGAAGAGACCAAUCGCAUGUCAGCCAACGCCUUGGCCAUCGUCUUUGCCCCCUGUAUCCUCCGCUGCCCUGACACCACAGACCCCCUGCAGAGCGUCCAGGACAUCAGCAAAACCACCACUUGCGUCGAGCUGAUCGUCAUCGAGCAGAUGAACAAGUACAAGGCUCGCCUGAAGGACAUCAACAGCCUGGAGUUCGCCGAGAACAAAGCCAGGAGUCGCCUCUCCUUGAUCCGCAGGUCCAUGAAGCCUGUACUAAUUGCAGUUAGAUUUAUGAGCAUAACCCGCAGCUCCAUCCCGGGCAAGGGACGUGUGCGGCGCAGCGCCUACCCCAGCCCCACGUCUCCUGUUUCUGUGCGCUUGCCCGCGGUGACAGACGUCCCCGAGGAGACCGUGAGCAGCGAGGACGCCAUGGAGAUGGAGGUGACGGAGCAGCAGCAAGUGGCCAUGCAGCAGGAGGAGAAGGUGCUAACUGAGCAGAUUGAAAGCCUGCAGAAGGAAAAGGAGGAGCUGACGUUCGAGAUGCUGACACUGGAGCCCCGCGCCUCUGACGACGAAACCCUUGAGUCCGAAGCCUCCAUUGGCACCGCCGACAGCUCUGAGAAUCUGAACUUCGACUCUGAAGGAGCCAUCUCCGAUCGCUCGGAGAGAAGCGUAGCACUUACCGCCCUGCGCCCCGCCAAGGUGGAGGGGCCCAGCUGCCUGCGGAGGCAUCCCCGGCCACGGCCCGACCCAGUGGAUCCAGCUGACACCUCCAUCUCCUCCUCCUCCUCCUCCCAGUCAUCCACCUCCUGCUUGCCCCACCUGCCCCGUAAGCGCUUCCAGAUGUACUCCAAGUCCCCUUUCUACCGAGCGGGAGGGCCUGGCGAACCCCCUGAAAGCCGCACGAGCCCUGAGGCCUUCACAGGACCCCUCCGGUACCCCAAGGACCAGCCUCAGUUCACCACCCGUGGGACCUUCAACCCGGAGAAGGGCAAACAGAAACUGAAGAGCAUCAAAACUUCCCCCCCUAAAACCAAAGAGCCCCCAGAUGGGGGGACAGGGGGAGGACCCCGCAAGAGGAACCCCGAGGCCGACUGUGCCACCACCCAACCCCUCGUCCUCCUGGGGAGCAACGAGUUCAUGGUGUGAGGUGCUCUGGGACGGGCAGCGCCGGCAGCACCCGAUGGCGCCAGGAGGGGCAAUUCUCAAUUACAAAGGCUGGUGGGGGACAGUUUUGAUGGUGGCCUUAAUGGUUUGGAGGGGGUGGGGGAUGGGACUGUGUCCCUGGGGAUUUGGCCUGGGGAUGGAGGGGCACCAGCCGGCUCCUGCACCCUUCCCCCUGGAGCAUCUGGGAGCUCCGCGUGGAAUCGGCGCCACCAGCUCCGCUCCGGCCCUCCGCGCUUUAACCGCCUCACCCACGCCAACGCCGAGCGCAUGGAGCAGCAGCAAAGUCUGCCAAAAACAAAAUCACCUUUUUUUUUCUUCCUCCCCCACCCCUGCCUUUUCCCCCCUUUUUUUUUAACGUGACCUAACCACCUUUCAUUGUCCUUUUUGGAGCCCAUCAGUAUUACAGAUAAUAAUAGGAAGCCUGAGAAGAAUAAUAAUUAGCAAGGACUA